UUUCUCAGAGGGAAGGUAACUGCCGUAAAUUUCACGCGCAAAGCUGAAACAGUGCGAAAUGGCAGCGGUUCACAAUGUGGGAGCGUAGAGGCAAGGCGGCAAUUUGUAACCCGUGGUUUGCUUUUCUGUUCGUGCGGAUGUCGCUCGGCAGUUGGAGCCUACGAGGAUGACCCCUGGCAUUCUACUCUGUCGUCACCGUCGUCGGCGUCGCUGUGCUGCCGCCGUCGUGAAUGGUGCAUAGUGCCUGCUGGCGCCGUGUGGAAGAGCUGCGCCGCUCGGUGCGGGCGAAGGUGACGGAGGCAAGGACGUUUUUCCUACGGCGCAUAUUUCUCCUGCUUCACUGAAACCGUGGGUCCCGUGUCCUGUCGCUGUUCACCGAGAUCGUCUGCUGUGACUCGUCUGCUUGACCAAUCUGCUUGACCCGUCUGCUUGACCCGUCUGCUUGACCCGUCUGCUUGACCCGUCUGCUUGACCCGUCUGCUUGACCCGUCUGCGUGGGUUGGCCUGAUUUGGCCCAUCUGCUCUAAACCGUCUGCUCUGACCCGUAUGCAGUGGCUUCGUCUGCGCCGGUCUCGUCUGAUGGGACUCGUCUUUUGCUUAUCCUUGUGUCGUGCUUACUUCCUUCGCGAUGUUCCCGCGGACGUUUGCUGAUCCCGGGAAGAAAAUCUGUACAUUGGCGUCUACUCUUCGUUGGGUCUCUGACGUCUGUUCCAAGUUUGACGUCAUCGCGCCGUGCGACGACGGAACACUGGUGUGAUUUCAGUGACGCAAGAUCAUCUCACGUAGGGCUUCCGAAGCAUUUCCACGGUUCGGCUGCCGUCUGCUCGAAGUAACAGGACAGCGGAAAGUAACGCCCGUUGGUCGGUCACUGUCAGCGACACCGUGGGAUUCUGUGCCGGCAGUGUUGUGUUUAUUGGGGCAAAAACGCGGCCGAGUGGAACAGUUUGCUGGCGAGUGGCUGAAGGUCGCUGUGGGUAACUGUUUGGCUUGGCCCUGCCUGACACUCUUGCAUCGCGGUCUCGCGUUUUGAAUUGCGUGGCGUUAAAAUAGCAGUCGCGGAAUUCAGAACGUCGGCAACCCGUGGAGCAUUGGUGUCGUGGGACUGAACCAUCGUUUUCAAAUCUUGUUUGUUAAGCGCAUCGGGUUUGUCAGCUUUGCUGGUAGAAUCACCCAUUCGACGUCUUCCCGAACAUCUGCGAGACUUAUGCAGCGUUCUCGCAUAAUUUAACGUCACCGCGUGACUUCCUUUUCCUUUAGUGAAAGGUCGCCUCGUGAAAGAAGAAAAAACAAAAACAAACCUAUAGUGGAUCGCGGAGAAGUCUUUCGUUUACACUUGCAACAGUUCGGUACAUGCUUAUUCCUUGUGAACUACCGCCGGCCGAAUUCGCGAACGACGACAUCGUGCCAAGUUUUUCAAAGUGCGGUUGACGCGAACUGCGCCGUCUUGACCCGAAGGGAGUGCGUUCACCUUUCGACACGUGGGGACGUUCCCUGUUUGUGACUCGAACCCGAACGAAGUUGCAUCGCCCGUUUGUCACAUCGGACUUUGGGAGUGUGCCGUCGUUCGACUUUGGCCGACAGCGUUUGGGAUCGGAGUCGACAUGUUCUAUAUCACGACAUACUCGAAGAAGGCGCCCCAGGCUAACAUGGCCCCCAACGGUGGGGUGAUGGGCGGCCCGCCCCAACAGGGCGGCGUGGCACCGCCAGGCGGCGCUGCCGGCGGCCCCGGCGGCGUGGUGCCCACGGGUGCCGGCGGCGCGGGUGCCGGUGGCCAACCCCCCACGGACCCCAUGAUGGCGCUGCGCUCCAUGGCCACGCAAGGCGGGGCCAGCGCCGGGGGCGCGGGGCCCCCCGGACAGCCUGCACCGGGCCAGCUCAUGGAUGGCUCCCAGCCGUCCCAGGGCGGACCGGGUCUCAACCCGCUCGCCAUGCAGCAGCCACGCUUGAUGCAGGUGGGCAACAUGAUGAUGGCAUCACAGGCUCAGCAAGGACCUAUGCAAGGACAACUUCAGAAUCAGCUCCAAGGACAACUUCAGGGUCAACUUCAAGGACAACUUCAAAAUCAACUUCAGGGGCAGCUGCAAAACCCGCUGCAGGGCCAACUCCAGGGUCAACUGCAGGGGCAGCUGCAGAAUCCCCUUCAGGGCCAGCUGCAAGGGCAGUUGCAGGGUCAGCUUCAGGGUCAGCUUCAAGGACAGCUACAGGGUCAACUUCAAGGUCAACUUCAGGGCCAGCUUCAAGGGCAGCUUCAGGGCCAACUGCAGAACCAACUGCAGGGCCAGAUGCGACCUCAGCAGCCGCAGAUGAUGAACAACUGUGUGCCCAUCACCAUGCAGAAGCUGCGGCCCCAGGGACCUGUGCCCAACGUCUCAGUGGCGCCACAGCAAGCAAGCACCGUGCCAAGCCAAUUUCAAAGUCAAGCACCCCCGACGUCAGUGGUGGCAUCUCAGCUGGCUGUACCCACUGCUGCUAGCGUAGCUCCUGUUUCCAGUCAAGGGCCUGGAAGCAACCAGGGUGCUGUGCCAUCACCGGCUGGAGGGCCGUCCCUGCCAAACAGCGUGCCAAGCCAGAUGGUGCAAUCACCAGCCGGCGGCUAUGCUCCCAGCCCGUCGUCGUCGCAGGUUGUGCCUUCGCCUGCGGGAAGCUUUAUGGGCCGCACGCCUGGCACCGUGGGAGCUCCAUCACCAGGCAGCACUUUGAGCACACCAGGUAAUGUCGGAGGAGCCACGCCCAGUCCUGCAGCACGUACCCAGACGGAUGACCAAGCGUACCUGGAGAAGCUGAAGCAGCUGUCUAAGUACAUCGACCCACUGCGAAGGAUGAUUGCACGCAUUGACAAGGACGAAGAUCGCAAGAAAGAGCUCAGCAAGAUGAACAACCUCCUCGAGAUCCUGUCGGACCCCAACAAAAGGUGUCCGAUGGAAACUCUCCUUAAGUGUGAACAGGUCCUGGAGAGGCUGGAAUUGAAAGUGAAAUCGCGUGUAAAACGACUAGCGGAAAGCUUUGUGAGCGGCGCAGGGGCCGCAGGCAUUGCCCCCGGGGGCGGCGGACGUUUGCAGGAGCAGAACAUCUGCCAGCCGUUGCUGGACGCAGUGGCCAGCCACAUCAAGUCGCCCAUGUUCAACCACACGUUGAGUCGCGUGUUUGGCCCAGCCAUCACCACCCUGCUGGGCCCUUCGCCCAGGAGAGCUUGCAGCUCACCAGAGAUGCCGGCCAAGCGUCGGCGGCUACCAGAGGAAACGGUGGAGAUUCCCGACCUGCUGCAGGGCGAGAUUGCCCACCUAGACCAGCGCUUCAAGGUGCAGCUAGACCCAAGUCAACACCUAGGCUCACGCACUGUCCACCUCAUUUGCCAGCUGGAUGACAAGAACCUUCCCUGUGUUCCUCCAAUAACUGUGGCGGUUCCAGAAAAUUACCCAAGCCGGCCACCCCAGUGCAAUGCUAGCAGGGAUCAGUACGAUUCGACGCAGUUUCUAAGAAACAUUCUUCACUCAUUAGACGUACACCUCAACAAAAUGCCCGAGAAGUAUUCAGUCACAUCACUUCUAGACACAUGGGAAAUGUGUGUUCGUCAAGCCUGCUCUUUACCAGACACCAUGGUGACAACUGGAAGAGAUUGAUGUAGACUUAAGGCUUAAGUUGACCCACUUUCUCAGGACCUGAUAUAAAUCACCAUGGACACUGCCCCUCAGCGUAUCAUCUGCGCACAUGGCACCAAAAUGUCUUCAUUUUUCUGGCUGGUCCACUUGUUCCUUGAUUGUAAAUACUGUUCAUUGUUGCAGAGACAAAAAUACAACAUCUUUGUUCACCA